AUGUAUAUUGUUAUGAAGUUGUUGCACUUUGGAACUGACCAAGUACGAAUAUUAUUAUUUCGUGAGUGUGAGUGGCGUGGAAGGAAACUUCUUUUUGAUUCACUGACUGUAGAAAAGUCACAGUCUAAAACUUGUCCUUCGCUGUGUUCUAUAUUUAAGAGUGACACAGACAAAAAAUGCAAAUCUUCAACCGAAAAAGUGAACUGUGUUUGCGAGCACGAGAAACUCGCUUGCGAAGAUGUCAGUUUAUUAAGCGAAAUGGUGUUUGGCACAGUAGCCAUGACAUACAGAGGACCAUCGUUUAAGGGCUGGAGACUCGAAGUCUUGUGUUUUGAGUGA